UGAGAUUUGGCCCGCUGCGUGCCGCGAGGAAAAGUGGACUCGUCCAGGAUUGAUCGGUCAUUUCGCAUUCGAAUCUCUAUCGUUUUUUCACGUAUCCCUCAAGCAUCAACCCUUCGAGCGACCGCUACUUGGCUACGCAUCGUGUUUGGCUUCCAAGAACUUUUUAUUGUGCGCAUGAGUCUACCGUGAAGGAAACGAACGCUGACGCGACACGUCACGCGAGACAGUCCGUUCUGGGAUCUGAUGGCGAAGCCCGGACCAGCGAGCGUACAGAAUCAAUCGUGGCUGAUCGAGGUCUCAGUGGGCGAAUCUCGGUAUAUAAACAUAUUGGGUAAAAAAAGUUGAGAGACGGGACGCGAUAAAGUUCAACGGAAAUUAUCUUAUCUCCUAACUUGGACUCGCCCAUUGUUCUCGAGUCUACACUAUACCGUCCAAUCGUGUGAUAGCACGCAGUCAACGCAGUGGCGGAACGGUAACCGUAAGGCACGAGGCGAACGAAAAUAUCGACGAAGCAAAUAAUCCCAACUCCCAGUGGGUAUCGGUGCCCAUCGAGCCAGUAUCGGGUAUCCAGCCCUGCAUCAGUUCGACAGUGGUCGAAGCUGGGUCGGGUUGAAGAGCUCAGCUCGGCACAAACGCGCCCGUCCUGUCCAAUAAGGAUAAGAGAAGGCGCAAAUAUACGGGGAGAGGGCAAUAAAGAAGGGUCGUAGUGCGACGGAAAGAGAGGGACUCCGGACUAUCGUCGUAGCGACCGUACCGAGUGGCGCGGAGAAAGAGGCAUGCGGUCAGCGGUGUAUGUAAGGUCCUAAAGAGAGACGCCAAGAAUUCGCCCAGCCUGCAGCCAUUGAGCUGAUUGUGAGCUAUUCCGAUUCCGGCCAGCAACGGUUCGCGAGCAGCAGCACUACCAACGUUUCAGAGGGGAUUCAAGUGCGAUCUGUCUUUCAGCAGAUUGCACUCUGUUGACCCUGUCCCAGGAUGGCCGACGACGCCGCCGCCGCAAGCGUCCACGAGGAAAAUGAUGAUGCGGCGACACUGGCAUCGUCUUUCUGCCUCGUCGAAUGCAAGACGGAGCCAUGCACCGACUUGAUCAACCCGCCCGACGAGGAACUAUCGGUGUUUGACGAAUCCACACUACAUAUUCCGGUAUCCAUACCUAUGAUAAAGAAUCCAAUUGUCUUGUUGGAGAGAUGUGAUAAAAUUUGGGAAACGUUACAAUUGAUAAGAAAUAUGCAGAUUGAGAAGUCAGCAGCGCUAACCGAUGAUUGCGACAAGAAUGAAGAGGAGAAAGAAGAGGAGAAAGAAGAGGAGAAAGAAGAGGAGAGAGAAGAGGAGAAAGAAGAGGAGAAAGAAGCGCAAUGCUUGGACAAGGUUAAAGAGUCUCCAUCGUACAUCAGGUAUCAACCUAGAAGAAGUGACUACACAUUGCCAUUGCCUUUUAAAUUUUCUGUCCAAAGGACAAGGAAAGUAUAUCCUUGCACUACCUGUGGUAAGCAAUACUUGGAGAGACGAUCCUUAAGAAAGCAUUCAGAAAGAGUACACGGAGUUGUUAUUCCCUUACAACGUAGAGGUUGGAAUCGUACCGUUUUAAAGAAGAAAAAUGAAGCCACUUCAGUUGCUUCAAUCGGCAAAGAAAAUAAUAGUGCUGAAAAGCUUUAUGGUAAUAAAGAUUCACGUGAAAAGAUUAUUACAAAGACAAAACCUACCAGAACUGCAACUACUUCACCUCCUACAUCGAUACAGUUUGUCAAGUGUACAUUAUGUCAGCGGAAAGUACCAUCUUUAAGAAAACAUUUAAUUAAUUAUCAUAAAAUAGGAGGUCCUUCAAGUGUGGUAGAACAGCUAGAAUCGUCAUUAUUAAGUGAGACUACAUCAUCUGAAAAUGAGAAAACUAUAUCAACAAAUAAAUCACAUCAAGAUGGACAUCGUAUAAUGGACAAUGAAAGUAAUGCUCGUGGAAAGUUUCAAGUCAAGAGAAAGACAACCUAUACCUCACAAAAUGCUAGGAAGAAACUCAAGUUGAAUAAUGAAUCCAAUGAGUUUGUUCCGCCCACCGUCACGCAGCAGAAACAAAAUUUAGUAGUACAUGGUCGAUUCAAAUGUAACAUUUGCUUGGGAAGAUAUUCAUCUACACACAGUUUGGCCAAACAUAAACGCAUUCACAAAUUUCGCGGAGAAACUAAAGAAAAUUUUCAUAAAUUCCAAUGUAGAUAUUUUAAUUCGCCAUUCAGUAAGAGAUACAAAUCAUCAAUUGAAGCAAAGUCUUCCACGAUGUCAGUCAAUACUGUUGCAAAGGACACUAGCAAUAUAGAUAAAAGCAGUACAUCGUUUAAUCAAACUUCCAAGAUUAAUCGAGCAACCCGAUACAGUGAAAGAAUGAGAAAAAAUGAAGAAACUACUUGUAUAUGUGGAAGAUCAUUUCGAAAUCCUCAUACCUUGUUCAUUCAUAAAAAGCAUUGUGAAUUAUGUCCAAAUGAAGAUACUGCGACACAAGACAGCAGGGUCAGCAGUGAUAGAGACUCUGGUAUUGGCCUUAACAUAACAAUCAAGAAACGAAACGAUUCUUAUGAGAUAGUUGGUAAAGAUGAUGAGGAUAAAUCUCAAAAGUCUGAAACUUCAAAUCUCGAAGAAGACACUUCAUCUCUGUCUCACACAUCUAAUUAUGCCAAAGAUUUUACAAAAGCGUUUACUACACAGCGAGUACUAGACACAUCUCAAUCAUCCAAAUAUAGUAAAGAUCAUAGCAUUUUGAAAUUACAAGAUGCAGAUGAAGACGUAAUCAUCGAUAUUGAAGAUGAUCUACAAAUUUCUCCUAAUGAAGAUAAUAUAGCGAAGCAGGUGAUGACGCGAGAAGAUGAUAAACGGUAUUCGCCAAAGCAGCAAAACGAUGAUGCAGAAGAUGGAAAAACUGAAAGAGUUUUCAAUAAAGUCAUUACAUUGAGACAAAUGUGUCAAGAGGUUCUUGAAGUUCUUGAUAUGGGUGAACAUGCGACAUCCAGGAACACAGAAAAUAAGAACAAGAAAUAUAGUCAGAUUAAAGAUCAAGAAACGUGCAAGGAAAAUAGCCAGGUAAAAAAACAAGUAAUACAUCAAGGGAAGCGAAAACUACGAGCUAAACGAUAUCAGUAUACCAGAGUGGAGUUGGAUCACUCCUAUGGAACAAAGGUCGACAUGACGCAUUUUGAUCCAUUGAUGUGCGCAUAUUGUAAGGAACGGUUUAGUACAUGUAAGUCAUAUGAUAAUCAUCAGUGUACUGUUAAUAAUGGGAGGUCAUUCGAUGAAUUUUCGCUACGGUUGCUGUGUUUCUGUUGUAAAGAGGUACUAAAUAAUUAUAACGAAUUUGACGCGCAUGUGAGAAACAAACAUUUUGAUAAGGCGUAUCAUUGUUACCACUGUCCUGAACGAUUCACGCAUGACAAAGCACGAUUGCAGCAUUUUCAUUCGGAGCACAACGAUCUGCUCUGUAGAUUUUGUAAUAAAAAGAUUUCUAUUUCAGCAAAGGCCUUUCACGAGGGUUAUCAUUUAGGUUUCGGUUAUCCCUGUCAUAAAUGUAAAAAGGCUUACACGAAUAAUAAGAAUCUUUACUAUCAUAAACAAACGAUACAUUCGCGUUGGGCUGAUAGCUUAAUGACUUGUACUAUAUGCCUGAAAUGUGUAAAAUAUAAAACUUUUAAAGGUCAUAUGAAAGCGCACAAGCAUAAUACAUGUUAUUUUUGUGGCAAAAUGUUUUCCGAUAGAGUAGGUUUAGAAUAUCACACCAUGAUGCAGCAUGGCACAAAUGUCAAGUUAAAAUGUUAUACCUGUGGUACGCGGUUUCAUACUAAAAAACAACUUGAGAUGCAUGAGCAGAUAGAUGGAUGUAACAAUGAUAUACACAAAAUGAAAAGGAAAGGAUUCUUAGCAAAAUCGCGCUAAGAAUCGUUGAGGAUAUCUUUCGCUUGAGAGGAAUAAUACAAUAUGUAUAGACGAAAUAAACUAAUUACAAGAAUUGAUAUCUGGCACAAUUAAUUCCUUUACAUGUCGGAUCAUUUUCAAUUCACGUCCGAUAUGCAAAGAUACGUUUAUGUGUUAAUAUUAUUUAUGAUGCACGUACACAAAUUUCAUAUUUUGUUACACAGCUGACAUGUGAAAUCGCGAAGAAUCAUAUGUAUUGCGUUAUUUUUAUCUUAUAUCUGAUACAUAGGUAGUACUUUUAAAACGCCUGUAUCUCUCAUCUUGUGUUUCAUUAAUUAUAUAAUUAUAUCAUUUGCUGAACAAUCAAUAUUCUAUUGUAUUUAGUCUGUAUAAUGCUAAUACUUUGUAAACUCUGCAAACUGAAUCUUGUACGCGGACAAUUUUUGCUUUAAUGGAUAAAUUCAUAAUGCGUUUAACAUUUCUACAGAAUCUGUCAACUUUAAGUUUACGAGACAUUAGGAUUACACAAACUAUCCGUUCAAUUGUAGUUGAUCUGUAAUUCUUAAUAUCUUCUAUAAAACCGUAAUGUAAGGGUGCGAAGCUCCUUUUGUAAAUGAUGUAUCAUUAAGAGACGACGAUAGUUAAUACUAUUUGUAACAAUUGUCACAUAUUAAUAUUAAACUAACAUUUUCAUUAUUAAAUUAGAAAUGAUAAUAGAAAA